AGCCACGGUAGUUGUGCAAAUUCACCUGUGCUUUGUUGGGGAGCAGUCGCGCCUAGCGUUCUGUCCCCACAGCAGGUCAUUAGGAAUUCUCCAAAUACUUUAGAUUGCCUGAUGCUGUUGCUGUUAAAACCAAAAUGGCUUUAAAUUCAGGGCCACCAGCAUUUGGACCUUACUAUGACAACCAUGGUUAUCAACUGGAAAACUAUCCUCCAGGGCACAUUGUGAAUGCUAAUGCUUAUGUACCUUACCCAGCUCCAUAUUGCCCUUCAGCAGUGCCACAGUACAUCCCAACAGUUCUUACUCAUACUUCAACACCAGCAGCAGUCCAUUUACAACCAAUAUCUUCAUCUGGGAUCGUGUUUGCUUCAAAGGCUAAGAAAAUCGUAUGUGUUGUCAUUAGCAUUGGAAUAAUACUAAUUGGUGCUGUGAUUGCAGCUAUCUUUCUUUGGAAGUUUGUGAAAAAUAGCUGCCCAAAUUCUGGAAUAGAAUGUGGAACUUCAGGAACUUGUAUCAGUGCAACUAAUUGGUGUGAUGGAAUAUCACAUUGUCCCAGUGGUGAAGAUGAGAAUCAUUGUGUUCGUCUCUAUGGACCAAAAUUUAUCCUUCAGGUUUACUCAUCUCACAACAAAUCCUGGUACCCUGUGUGCCAAGAUGAUUGGAAUGAUCACUAUGGAAAGAUAGCAUGUAAAGAUCUGGGGUAUAACACGAAUAGUUUUUACUCUAGUCGAGGAAUAACAGAUGAUAGUGGUGCCACAAGCUAUAUGAAGUUGAACCUGAGUGCUGGAAAUGUAGAUUUGUAUGAAAAACUCUACAACAGUAAUGUCUGUUUCUCAAAAACGGUGGUAUCUCUCCGAUGCAUAGAAUGUGGCACAAUGACGAAAGUGAAUCAACUGAACAGAAUUGUAGGUGGGACAAAUGCUGCUCCAGGGGAAUGGCCAUGGCAAGUCAGCCUUCAUGUCCAAGGUGUCCAUGUCUGUGGUGGCUCUAUCAUUACUCCUGAAUGGAUUGUAACAGCAGCUCAUUGUGUGGAAGAACCUCUUUCCAAUUCCCGGUAUUGGACAGCAUUUGCAGGAAUUUUGAGGCAGUCUGUGAUGUUCUAUGGAAGUGGAUAUAAAGUGCAAAAAAUAAUUUCUCAUCCAAGUUAUGAUUCUAAAACUAAGAAUAAUGAUGUUGCUCUAAUGAAGCUGCAAACACCAUUCGUAUUUAAUGAAAAAAUAAGACCAGUGUGUUUGCCUAACCCAGGAAUGAUGUUUGAACCCACUCAGUUAUGCUGGAUAUCAGGAUGGGGUGCAACCUAUGAAAAAGGUAAAACUUCAGACUUCUUGAAAGCCGUUAUGGUACCCAUAAUAGAACCUUGGAAAUGUAAUAGCCGAUAUGUCUACAAUAACAUGAUCACUUCUUCCAUGAUUUGUGCUGGAUAUCUCAGAGGGAAAAUUGAUUCCUGUCAGGGUGACAGUGGGGGUCCUUUAGUCACCAAGAAAGAUUCCAUAUGGUGGUUGGUUGGUGAUACAAGCUGGGGAUCUGGAUGUGCCAAGACAAACAGACCUGGAGUUUACGGAAACCUGACAGUAUUUACAGACUGGAUUUACCAACAAAUGCAGGCAAACAGGUGAUCUAUAUGUCUUCCAUCUUUGAAAAUGAUCAGCAAGUUAACCAAGGGUGGAUUUUCUUUACAUUAUGUAUCAUCAGAAUAAUUCACAGGUUCUUUCAUUUUUAUUAAAUAGUAAAUUCAUUUGUCUUUUUUACUCUUUACAGUUCUGUGCAGGCUACAGUAACUUUUUUUCUGGUUUCUCACUGUAAACACAAUGUACCUGAAUUUAAGUGUUGCUGAUUUGUUAGAAAUGAAUGCCAAAUAUUUCUUGGAGUGUGGAGACUUGUGAAUCAAACCAGAAUGUUUCAUUAGCUUAUGGUUUAUGUUCAUAAUUGAGAAAGUCAUUGAUUGUUGCACAGUAAUGUUUUCUAAUAAUCUAGGUUUUGUAUAACACACAACAGUGUGUAUUGAACUAAAGAUGGUGAUUAGAACCACUCAGCUGCUAAUUGACUUGAAAUGAAACACGAUUCAAGGGAGGACAGGUAAGCCUUCCUGGGUGAGAAUAACGUGAUAGUACCCCAGCAGUACAUUCACAUGAAGCCUGAUAGCUUUCUCAGAGGUAUUUGUUAAUUUGUAUUUUUCUUUUUUAAUAGCAUUGUGCAGUGGCUAGAAGUGAAUGAUUGACUUAACCAAGGCACCUGGGGGAAAAUCAGGGAUGUGCUAUUUAAAUUAUAGUGUUUUUAUGUAGCUUUCUAUAUAUACCUCUGUUUUUAUAUGAUUUGAGUUUUGAAGCCUUAAACUAUUACAUCAAUAUUUGGCUAUUUGGAGAUACUAUGUUCAUCAAAUCUGAGAACUGAAUAUCUGAAAUACUCUAGAUUUGAGUGAUUUAUGUUGAUAGAGUAUGUGCCAUCAGGAUCUUCUAGAGUUUUCCAAAUAAAUGGUGCUGCUAUAGAUUGGCAAAGAUGAUAAAAAUAAAAAUGAUGAUUAUUGGAGGGGACACAGGAGAACAGUUAUGCUGAAACAAUAUUGAUGUAGCUGUGAACCUUUAUAGAUAUUCUAGAAGGUAAUUUAGAAUUACGUCACCAAAAUCUCUAAAGUAUACAUAUAGUUGUCCUAGCAAUACCACUGCUGGCUAGGCUUAUACACCAAAGAGGGAAAGGAUCUAUAUGUACAAAGGAGUUUAUAGCAGUACUUUUUUUUUUAAUAACGAUGAGCUGAAAACUAGUGGUAACCAUCAGAUGGGUAAUGAUUAACAAACUAUGGUAAUAAAAUUAUAUAGUAGAAUAUUAUUGUGAUAUAAUAGAUGAGAAAACUGAUUCAGGAAAAAAAAUAGGGAUACUC